GCGGUAAUACUUGUGGUGGCGAAGAACGGCCAAGUGAAAAACAUGAAGCGGUAGAUAUCAGAACGGAACAUCACUCCCCAGAUCGCCAGGAACACCACAGAGAGGGCAAAGAACACGACCAUUCCGAUACGAGAUUCCCGUCGGGUUGA